AUGAGGAAUCAGACCAGUGUCUUGGAAUUUCUACUUCUGGGACUUUCAGAACAUCCAGAAGAGCAACAAUUCUUCUUCAGAUUGUUUCUGGGCAUAUACCUAAUUGGAACCUUGGGGAACCUGCUUACCAUUUUGGCCAUCGGCUUUGAUUCCCAUCUCUACACACCUAUGUACUUCUUCCUCUCCAACCUGUCUUUCCUUGAUCUCUGUUUCACCACCACUACAGUUCCCAAAAUGCUUGUGAAUUACCUGUCAGGGAGUAAUGCCAUCUCCUAUUCAGAAUGCCUGGCACAAAUGUAUUUUAUUAAUGCUUUUGGUGCCUCAGACAGCAUCCUCCUCUCUGCCAUGGCCUAUGACCGUUAUCUGGCUGUCUGCCACCCUUUACACUAUGGCACAAUCAUGACCUCACGCCUUUGUGCCCUGUUGGUGGCUGUACCUUGGAUUUCUGCUCACCUUAUUUCAAUGGUUCACACCAUAUUUAUUGGUCAUCUAUCCUUUUGCAUGAAUAAUAAAAUCCCUCACUUCUUCUGUGACAUAAAUACAUUGAUAAGACUCUCAUGUUCUGACACCCAUAUUAAUGAAAUGUUAGUCCUUUUUUUAGGGGGUCCAGUAGUUUUAAUUCCCUUCAUAUGUAUUGUUGUUUCUUAUACUCCUAUUGUCUCUGCUGUGUGGAAGGUCCCAUCAGUUCAGGGGAAAUGGAAGGCCUUUUCUACCUGUGGGUCCCACCUCUCUGUAGUCACUCUUUUUUAUGGAACUGUCAUUGGUGUUUAUUUCAAUCCUACAUCUACACACACAACGCAAAAAGACAUGAUAGCAACUGUGAUGUAUACAGUGGUCACCCCCACACUAAACCCUUUCAUCUACAGCCUGCGGAACAAUGACUUGAAAGGAGCCUUGGGGAAGCUACUUGGCUUGAAACAUUUCUCCAAGAGAUGA